AUGCCUCUCGACAUCGAGGAAAUCCUCCGCCAGAAAAAGGCAGCCGAAGCCGCCGCAGCUAAGCCUCGCUUCAUACCAAAGGCCCAGCGCGAACGCCUCGCCGCCGAGCAGGCCAAACAGGACGAGGAGCUGAAGCGGAAAAAGGCCUCGGGCGACGCGAGCAAACGAGCCGAAGACGAGAAGAAGUGGGAAGACCGAGCGGCCUCAUCAAAGACCACGAACAAGGGCACAAGCAAUGGCGUCCCCACAGGCCCGCGCACCAUGAACGGUGUUGGCUCGUCAGGUCCUCGGGGCAGAGACGACAAAGACAGACGCGACGGACGAGGCGGCAAGAGUGGCAAGGAGGGCGGAGGCGACAAAAAGGGUAAAAAGGCCAACGCGGAAAAGCGCUCCGCCGAAGAGAUUGAGGCCGAGCUGCUCCGCUCGCGCUACCUAGGCCCAGAAGUGAACCAGCACUCCAACUUUUCUGCACAAAAGAAGCGGAUGCGGACGACGGAGAAGAAGUUCAACUUUGACUGGGACGCGGGUGAGGAUACCUCGCGCGCGGAGGAUGGGGCCUACAGCGGCGGCGCGGGCGUGCGUGGCAUCUCGCUGGCCGGCGUCGGCGGCGAGUUUGACAAGGAGGCCGAGGAGCGGGCCAAGAAGCGGGCGCGGAUGAUUGAGCAACGCGACACCGAGCACGGCCGGGAGCGCGCCCAGGGCAUCAUGGAGGACUUUUACCGGGCGCGGGACAAGGCGCGGGACCGCGCGGAGCGGACGGGCCUGGGCCGGCGGUGGAACGAGAAGCGGCUCGACGAGAUGCGCGAGCGCGACUGGCGCAUCUUCAAGGAGGACUUUGGCAUCUCGACCAAGGGCGGCACGCUGCCGAACCCGAUGCGCAACUGGAAGGAGUCGGGCCUGCCGCCGCGGCUGCUGGCCAUUAUCGAGCACGUGGGCUACGAGGAGCCGACGCCGAUUCAGCGGGCCGCCAUCCCGAUUGCGCUGCUGGCGCGCGAUUUGAUCGGUGUUGCUGUGACGGGUUCGGGCAAAACGGCGGCGUUUUUGCUGCCGCUGCUGGUGUACAUCUCGGACCUGCCGCCGCUGGGAGAGACGAACAAGAAUGACGGGCCGUACGCGCUCAUCCUGGCGCCGACGCGCGAACUGGUGCAGCAGAUUGAAAAGGAGGCCAAGAAGUUUGGCGAGCCGCUCGGGUUCCGGUGCGUGAGCAUCGUGGGUGGGCACUCGCUCGAGGAGCAGGCGUACGCGCUGCGCAACGGCGCCGAGAUUAUCGUGGCGACGCCGGGCCGCCUGGUGGACUGCAUCGAGCGGCGGCUGCUGGUGCUGUCGCAGUGCUGCUACGUCAUCAUGGACGAGGCGGACCGCAUGAUCGACAUGGGUUUCGAGGAGCCCGUCAACACCAUCCUCGACGCGCUGCCCGUGUCCAACGAGAAGCCCGACACGGACGAGGCCGAGGACGGGCGGCUGAUGCAGCGGUACGUGGGCGAAAAGGACCGCUACCGCCAGACGAUGAUGUUCACGGCCACGAUGCCGCCGCUAGUCGAGCGCAUCGCCAAGAAGUACCUGCGGCGCCCGGCCAUGGCCAUGAUUGGCAACGCCGGCGAGGCGGUCGAGACGGUCGAGCAGCAGGUCGAGUUCGUCUCGGGCGAGGACGCGCGCAAGAAGCGGCUGGCGCGCAUCCUCGCCUCCAACAUGUUUGCGCCGCCCAUCAUCGUCUUCGUCAACAUCAAGCGCAACUGCGACGCCGUCGCCAAGGACGUCCGCAGCAUGGGCUGGAGCGCCGUCCCGCUGCACGGCAGCAAGACGCAGGAGCAGCGUGAGGCCGCCCUCGCCGCCGUCCGCAGCGGCGAGACGCAGGUCCUCGUCGCCACGGACCUGGCCGGCCGCGGCAUCGACGUCCCCGACGUCUCGCUCGUCGUCAACUUCAACAUGGCCCUCAGCAUCGAGAGCUACACCCAUCGCAUCGGCCGCACGGGUCGUGCCGGCAAGAGCGGCACGGCCAUUACGUUCCUCGGCAACGAGGACGCCGACGUGCUGUAUGAUUUGCGGCAGAUGCUCAGCAAGAGCUCCAUCUCAAAGGUGCCCGAGGAGUUGAAGAAGCACGAGGCGGCCCAGACGAGGCCGGUCAAGGGCGCGGGGAGGUCUAGGGGCAAUGAGCAGGAGAAUGAGGGCGGCGGCGGCGGUGGUGGUGGUGGUGGCGGUGGACGAGGAGGCAGAGGGGGUAGAGGAGGGCGAUGA